UGUGGUUGAUUAAAGGCCUUAGUACAUUCAUUUAUAGGAAUUCUAUAAAUAAUGUGAUACACAACAAUGAUAUCCGCGGAUUUCUAGAAAUAAAAGCCAUUAACAAUGUGCUGAAUAUGCAAAACGAACACAGCACCGACUCUUUAGUACAUAAAGAUUUGACGAAAUUGCCCAUGAAUAUUAUCAAAUACGUGUCGGAACAAGGGUGUGUGUUUUUGGACUACUUACAAGAGGUCUUAGGUGGCCCCACAGAAUUCUGGAGUUUUCUUGUAAAGUGUUUUUUCAACCGUCGUGAUUUCAGCGGUUCAGAAUACCUAACAACUAAUGAUUUUAAGGAUUCCCUGUAUGAUCAUUUUAAAGAGAAACACGGGGUGUUAGAUUCUGUAAAGUGGGAUGAAUGGUUUAAUCAACCAGGUAUCCCACCUUCUUAUCGCGGUUUCAUGGCUAUAGAGAAAACUGAUUGGCAUCGUAAAGCGGACAGCUUGGUCGACGAAAAAGAAUACGAGAAGAGUCGUGAUCUGAUUCUAGAAGUAACACGUAAUACUGAUGAUCGCGCUAUAAUAGAAUUUUUAACCUAUUUACUUACAUUGCCUACGGAUCUUUCGCCAGCCAAAUUACUAUUGAUAGAAAGACCUAUUCUGGAAAUGCGGCCUUAUUGUGAAAUCAAGUUUCUCUGGCUGCGAUUGUGUAUCAAAAAUAAAUGGUCAGAUGACGGACGAAUAACAAAGACCGCUUUAAAUUUUGUCUGCAACGAAUAUUGUUUGCCGAAAUAUGCCUGCCCAAUAUUCCGCGAUUUGUACGAAUGGGAAGAAACUCGUCAGUCGGCCAUCACACGAUUUAGGGCAAUAAUUACUGCAACUGAUGAUAAUCGUUCUAAAAUGCUUCCUGAAACCAUAAACGAAUUAUCAUCCAUUCUUGGGGUUGCAUUGGAACCUAGAGCAUGAUUAUACAACAAAUGUCCUAUAUAUAUAUAUAUAUUAACUGACGGAAGAUGAUAUGUCGAAAAUGAAGUUAUAAUUGUUGAAUCAACCAUUGGAUCAACAAUUAUACAAAUUUAGUCCGCGCGUACAGUCCAUUUUUUUUUCUCAAUAUAAUACCAUCCCUGAGCUCAAGCAUCUUAUGUUUCCGCAAACAGCCUAGAUGCUACGAAACCCUAGGAGGGAGGAUGUAGUAGGUAUAAGAUCGGCUGAAAUGUGCAAACCAGCUGUAGGCCUGUUCUAUGAUGCAACAAUUUAUAUUAUAUUCUGUCCUAUAUACAUUCAAUUUAUAUUUUAAUAACUACUGU